AUGGUAAAUCACACCAUAAAGAUAUUUGGCCGCAUUAAACCCACUGAGAAAACGUCAGCGUUGUACUCCUUGGACGAUGAGGAGCAAGUCGGCUCAACUUUGAAGUUUGUCGUUCCGAGAGAUUUGGCACAAGGCUUCAUUAACAACAAGAAAGAGAGUUACUUGUUUAGAUUUCAGAAGAUUUUUGAUCAAGGAGCAAAGCAAGAGGACAUCUUUGAGAACAUCGCUAAACCAGUGGCAGACAGUGUUCUGGCUGGAUACAAUGGCACCAUUUUCGCCUAUGGCCAAACAGGAAGUGGAAAAACAUUCACCAUAACAGGAGGGGCAGAGCACUACAGUGACCGUGGUAUCAUUCCCCGUACUCUGUCAUAUCUGUAUGAACACUUCAGCCAGGAAAGUGGAAUGGUUUACACGACCCAUGUGUCUUACUUAGAGAUCUAUAAUGACACUGGAUACGAUCUGCUGGAAACCCGACAGGACAUGUCUCGAUUAGAAGACCUGCCCCGGGAGCCAGGCUCAGCCACAGUCCGGCGAUCCAAGCUCCACCUGGUGGACCUGGCAGGAUCUGACCGAGUUUACAAGACCGGUCUAAAUGGACAGCUUCUCAAAGAAGCCAAGUAUAUCAACCUGUCCCUGCACUUCCUGGAACAGGUUAUCAUAGCUUUAUCAGAGAAGAACAGGUCACACAUUCCCUACAGGAACUCCAUGUUGACGUCUGUGCUGAGAGACAGUCUUGGGGGAAACUGUAUGACCACAAUGAUUGCAACGAUGGCAGUGGACAAGAGAAACCUCGAUGAGUCCAUCUCCACCUGUCGCUUUGCACAACGUGUGGCUCUCAUCAAAAAUGAAGCAAUCUUAAAUGAGGAACUGGACCCUGCUUUGCUAAUAGCCCGUCUGAAAAUGGAAGUCCAGUCACUGAAGGAGGAGUUGUCCAUGCUGACCGGGGUGCAGAGAGAGGACCAGCUCACAGAGGACGAGAUAAACAAGUUAGAAGUCUUGCUCAGGUCGUAUUUGGACGAUCGUGAUCCUGAAGUGACUCUGGAUUUGGGGCCAGACAUGAGAAAAAUUCAAUACUGCUUUUCUCGACUGAAGAGGAUGAUUCUGGAGAAGCCGAGUAGAGGAGCCACGUCGCCUGAUCAGAUAAUCACAGCAGAAACCAUGAAGGGUGACGCUGAGGAGAGUCGGCGGUUAGCAGAGAUGCUAACGCAGCGGGACAAUGAAAUCCGUAUCCUUCAAUAUAACCACAUGGAACACACAUGA